UCCUCUUUCAUUCCAACGGAACCACCCAAAUAACGGCAUAUUUUCUGUAUUUCUCAAUUCCAAUUGUCCAAUUCAACUGCAUUCUCUCCCUCCUCCUCCAUUCUCUGAGAAUCCGGUGACCUAUCCCUUAUCCUUAAAUAAAUAAACAACUAACCUUAAACACUGUCCUCACUCUUUCACUUUUCUACUGUUUCUUGGUUGGAAUAUAAAGGAGCAAGGGUGGAGAAAGGGAAUGGUGGUGAAGAUGAUGAGGUGGCGGCCUUGGCCGCCUCUUGUUGCGAGGAAGUAUGAGAUUCGGUUGGUGGUUAGGAAGUUAGAGGGCUGCGAUCUGCUGCAGUUUGACUCCCAAGAGUCUCCCAAAUUGACGGUGGAGAUUAGGUGGAAGGGUCCAAAACUCACUCUGGGCUCUCUACGGAGGACUCCACUCUCCAGAAACUUCACUAGAGAAGCGGAUAUCCUUGACACUGCAAGAACCUUGGCUCAAUGGGACGAGGAGUUUCACACUGUUUGCACGUUCAGUGUCAACAAGGACAAUGCCUUCCAUCCGUGGGAGAUCGCUUUCACUCUUUUUAAUGGACUGAAUCAAGGGCCUAAGAGUAAGGUUCCUGUUCUUGGGACUGCUCUCUUGAAUAUUGCUGAAUUUGCAUCUCUAGCUGAUCAAAAGGAUUUUGAUUUAAGCAUUCCUCUCAUUAUUCCUGGGGUUUCUACCGAAUCUUCUCCCUCACUUUGUAUAUCGGUUAGCUUAGUGGAGUUAAGAUCAGCGCAGGAAAGUGCUGACGUAGUUCAGAGAUCUGUAGUUCCCCUUUCAUCUCCCUCUGCUCAGUCUGGAGAAACAAACUUGACGGAAAAGGAUGAGCUAUCUGCAAUCAAGGCUGGCCUUAGGAAAGUCAAGAUUUUUACAGAGUAUGUAUCCUCUAGGAAAGAAAAAAUAGCAAAAACAGCGUGUAAUGAGCUAGAGGGAAGUGAAAGUAGGUGUUCUAGGAGUGAAGAUUACCCCAUGGAUUCUGAUUCACUGGAUGAUUUUGAAGAAGGAGAAUCAGAUGAGAGGAAGGAAGAUUCCAGCUUUAGGAAGUCAUUUAGUUAUGAAAGUCUGGCAUACGCAAAUGCUGGAGGAUUGUUUUAUUCUAACACAAGGGUAAAUUGUGAAGAUGAAAGUUGUAUUUACUACAGCUACAGGAAGUCAGAUGAUGUGUGUUCACAGAUGGAGGAUUCAACUAUGUGUUCAUCUGAGCCUUAUUUGUCUCAAAUGUCAAAGCGAAGCAUAUUACCGUGGAGGAAGAGGAAGUUGAGCUUCAGAUCUCCCAAAGGUCACAAGGGAGAGCCAUUAUUAAAGAAGGCCUAUGCAGAAGAAGGUGGUGAUGACAUAGAUUUUGAUCGUCGGCAACUUAGCUCUGAUGAAUCCUUUUCACUUCGGUUGUACAAGACUGAGGAUGACUCGUGUGCAAAUGGCUCAUCAGUAUCUGAGUUUGGUGAUGACAACUUUGCUGUAGGGAGUUGGGAGCAGAAAGAAGUACUGAGUCGUGAUGGUCACAUGAAGCUUCAGACACAGGUCUUCUUUGCUUCAAUCGAUCAACGGAGUGAACGUGCAGCUGGUGAGAGUGCAUGUACAGCUCUUGUUGCUGUAAUUGCUGAUUGGUUCCAGAACAAUCAUGAUCUUAUGCCCAUAAAGUCACAGUUUGACAGUCUAAUUCGAGAAGGCUCAUCAGAAUGGAGAAAACUGUGUGACAAUGAAACCUAUAGGGAGCGGUUCCCUGACAAGCAUUUUGAUUUGGAAACUGUCAUUCAAGCAAAGAUACGCCCCCUUUCUGUGGUUCCAGGGAAGUCCUUUAUCGGUUUUUUCCAUCCUGAAGGGAUGGAUGAGGAGAGAUUUGACUUCCUGCAUGGUGCUAUGUCUUUUGAUAACAUUUGGGAUGAGAUCAGUCGAGUUGGAGAGGAGUGCCCAAGCAAUGGGGAACCGCAAGUUUAUAUUGUUAGCUGGAAUGACCAUUUUUUCAUCUUGAAAGUUGAAGAUGAUGCUUAUUACAUCAUUGACACAUUGGGAGAGAGGCUUUAUGAAGGAUGUAAUCAGGCUUACAUUUUAAAAUUUGACAGUAAUACACUAAUAUACAAGAUGCAUGAUGCUGCUCCUCACGAUUCGAAUGAGAAACUAAAAGGUGAGCAGCAAAUUGUUGAAGCAGUACAAGUUAAUGGUAAAGAGAUGGAUGAUCAGUCAAAGAGUGAGUCAGAAAAGGAACUCUUGUGUAGAGGGAAGGAAGCAUGCAAAGCCUACAUAAAAAACUUCCUGGCUGCAAUCCCUAUAAGAGAACUGCAAGCUGAUCUCAAGAAAGGUCUCUUAUCAUCAACACCUCUUCAUCAUAGACUGCAACUUGAGUUUAACUACACCCAACUGGUACAGUCUCAUGCUGCAACCGAAACAUCAUCCAUGGCUACUCCUGAUACCCUUACUUCAACUUCAGCCAUUGAAACAUCAUCCGUGGCUACUAUUGAGACCCUCGCUCUUGUGGUUACUGAGACACCUGAGGCUUUUGCUCUUCCAGAAAUCCAAGAAUAUGAGAAUGAGACUCUUACUCUUGCAGUAACAGAUGUUACGCAAUCUUAACUGUAAAUUGGAGAACUGUGGUGAUUCUAACUCGUGUCACUAGUUUUAAAUUUUAACUAUUUUUGUUUUUUCUGCUUUGAAGUUAGAUUUUAGUUUAACAAAUUAAGACCGAUUCAAGGCUCUUGAUGCCACAUAAAAAUGAAUGUGGUGUGCUAGAUUUGUGUCAGCUAAUUUUAUUUCUUGUGAAGGGUAUCUUUGUAAA